AUGUCUCACAACCCGCAUCUCGAGCUCGAUCCCAAAUACGACCACUACGACUUCCCCACCACCGCGCCGGAACAACAAAGCGGCCACCCGGGCCACACCACCAAGGAGCAAGAUGCCGCCGUCUUUCAGCUGCGCACGCUGCUGGAGCAAGAGGGCUACACCCAGAAUCUGGACACGCUGACCAUGCUGCGGUUCCUGCGAGCCCGGAAGUUCAAUGUACAAAUGUCCAAGUCGAUGUUCACCGAUUGCGAGAAAUGGCGGAAAGAGUUUGGUGGCGGCGUCGACAACCUCACUCGAACGUUUGAGUACACGGAAAAGGCAGCCAUUGGCAAAUACUAUCCCCAAUAUUAUCACAAAACCGACCGAGAAGGCCGACCCGUCUACAUUGAGCAGCUUGGCAAAAUCGACCUGGAGGCCAUGCGCAAAAUCACCACCGACCAGCGCAUGCUCGAGAACCUGGUAGUCGAAUACGAGAAACUUGCCGAUCCCCGCUUGCCCGCUUGCUCGCGCAAAGCCGGCCAGCUGCUCGAGACGUGCUGUACCAUUAUGGACAUGAAGGGCGUCAGCCUUUGGAAAGCGCAAGAGGUGUAUGGGUACUUGCAACGCGCGUCGGCUAUCAGCCAGAACUACUACCCGGAGCGCUUGGGCAAGCUCUACGUCAUCAACGCACCGUGGGGCUUCUCCGGCGUCUUCAGCGUGGUGAAGCGCUUCUUGGAUCCCGUCACCGUCAACAAGAUCCACGUUCUUGGUGGAGGCUACAAGACCGAGCUGUUGGGGCAGGUGCCGGCGGAGAAUCUGCCGGCCGAGGUGGGUGGAAGCUGCCAUUGUGAGGGAGGCUGUCAAUUCAGCGACCAGGGCCCAUGGAAGGACCCCAAAUACGCCAAGACCCCGGCAUGGGCGAAGAAGGAGGGCGAGGACCAUGCCAUUCCCGCGACUGAGAGCCAUACGGGCGAAGGCUUACCCUCUGGCACUGCUGAAAAGCCCGCUGGCACUGCUAAACAGCCCGCUGGUACGCAGACACAGCCAGCGCCG